CACCAGCUCUGCCUCUCAUCUUUACCAGUGUCUGCUCGUCUGUGAUACCUUAUUUUUGUUGCAUUUCACACAGAAAUGAAUCUCCUGAGCUUCACUGUGGUGCUGGGACUGCUGGUGGGGACAUGGGCUCUACCCAUCGUGCGAUGGCCUCUGUGCGACUCCCCCGAGGCGGAGGAGGCUGCUCUGGUGGCGCAGGAUUACCUCAACGCCCAGCACCAUCAUGGCUACAAGUAUGUACUGAACCAGAUCGAUGAAAUCAAGGUCUACACGAAGCCAGAUGGAGAUGAAUACGACAUAGAAGUUGACCUGCUGGAGACAGACUGUCACGUGUUGGACCCGCUGCCUCUUGCAAACUGCACAGUCAGGCCCAAAGUACAGACGGCGGUAGAAGGAGACUGUGAUGUGGUGCUGAAGAAGGUUGGCGGUGUUCUGAAGGUCAUUGCAUUCAAGUGCAAAUCAGAGGUAUCCACAGAGGAUUUGUGUUUGGGCUGUCCCAGCCUCCUUCCCCUCAAUAACACCGAUGUGCUGGAUUUUGUCCAUGCCUCUCUGACAACCUUCAACAACAUGACUGUGAACACGACACACGUUCUUCUCGAGGUUGGAAGGUUGUCAUCACAGAUUGUGUCUGGUGGGCCCAUCUUCAUAACAGAAUAUGUGGUUGUUGAGGGAAACUGCACCGAGGAUCCCUGCGUGCCUCUCAACGAUGCCAUGGCUGCUCGUGGGAUUUGUACAGCCAAAGGUACAAUCGCCCAGCACAGUGUGGACUGCAAGAUGUUCUCCACUCUGAUUCCCAUUGUAGAUGCCAACAGCACUGCAGCUGCAGACCCCGUCCUACCACCAGUGGUUCAUGUGCAAACACACGGCCUGUCACACAAGCACGGCCACAGCCACCACAAACUGACGGCUCUCCACAACCCCCAUCUGUUAUAUUCAUCAGAAACACAUGAAGAUGGACCUUUCCUUGCAGUCCCUUCUGCUGCUGCUCCAGCUGCAGAUCCAGCUCCAGCUCCAGCUGCAGACCCUGCUCUCGCUGCAGACCCUGCCCUUGCUGCAGAUCCUGCCCUUGCUGCAGAUUUUGGAGAAUCCUUAAGGAGUAAGGAUACAUCACCUAGCUUGAAGAAGAGAGAUGUAUCUGCUGCAGCUGCUGCCGUGGUUGAUGCUCCUGCUGUUCAAACAGGACCAGUUACUCUCGUGCCAGUCUGCCCAGGAAGAGUCAGAUUCUUCUAAGUGUUCAAGUCCCACAGACUCUAUACUUGCUUUAAUUUGUAGCAGAGCACCUUUGAUACUCGAGCCAUGUCCAGUAGUAGCAGUUGGAAUAAUUUGUUUUAAACUGUCAAAUCAGACAAUCAUCUGUGUAAAACUGAAUGUAAUGCUCAUCAUUAAAUCUUCAGUAAAGGUGUUUAUAAAUCAAAA